AUGAAGAGUUUGAAAAUACUGUUCUUAGUGAUUAUAAUUGUAUCGUACCAUUUGAAAUCCGGAGAUGGCCGGAGGAUUCUAAGCAUCAAGGAUUUUAUAACCGAUACUAACCCUACGAACGUUGAUUAUUCUCAAACAUUUCAAGAAGCAUGGAAAGGGUUAUGCGAAGAUGAAAGGUCUGUCGGGUCCGCGCUAGUGAUACAUGAAAACGAAACAUACACUAUACAACCACAACUGUUUAAAGGUCCAUGCGUAUCUUCUUACAUUCACAUUCAGAUUGAUGGGAAAAUCGAAGCGCCAAAGGCAUACGGAGAGUGGAAAAACACAAAGAAUAUUGAUAGUUGGUUAUGUUUCAAAGAUGUGGAAGGUCUCUUCCUCAAUGGCUCUGGUACCCUUCAUCCCCAUGGGGAAGCUUGGUGGCCAGCUGUUAGCCAUUCUAAUCGACCUAGAACAAUUAGUUUUAAGGCAUGCAACGACAUUAUAUAUAAUGGACUAACUCAAAUGAAUAGUCCAAGAAUUCAUAUUUCAAUUGUUGCUUGCAACAACGCAACUUUGUCAAAUCUUCAUUUAAUCGCACCCGAAGAUAGUCCAAACACCGAUGGCAUCGAUAUUUCUAUGUCACAUAAUAUCCAUGUCUUAGACUCCUCUAUCCAAACUGGUGAUGAUUGCAUUGCAGUAAAUGGUGGGCGUGGUGGUUCUUCCGAUAUCAAUAUCACUCGUGUGGCAUGUGGUCCGGGUCACGGUAUCAGCAUUGGAAGUAUGGGAAAAAAUGGGGAAGCUGACAUAGUUGAAAACGUGAACGUAAGAAAUUGCAGCUUUUUAGGAACUCAAAACGGGGCGAGAAUCAAAACUUGGCAUGGUGGAGGAGGGUUAGCUAAGAACAUUUUGUACGAACACAUUACGUUGACAGAUACUAAAUAUCCCAUAAUCAUCGAUCAACAUUACUCUAACGGUGGCGACGUAGAGGGGAAUGCGGUGAAAGUGAGCAACGUAACAUUUAGACAUUUUGAAGGGACCUCCGCAAGUAAAAUUGCGAUAAAAUUAGACUGUGACGAAACUGAAAGGUGUCAUAAUAUCGUGAUGGAACACAUCAACAUCACAUCUUCAUCACCGGUUAAGAAUCUCACUACAUAUUGUAAAUUCGCUGAUGUGCUUGCUUCAUUCGUCAAUAUCGGUAUCAAUUGUAGUUCACAUAAAAAUCUUUCAUAUUUGCCAUUGCCUCCGCCUUUUCAUUAAAUUAU